AUUUCACUUUUUUGUCUUUACUUUUGCUGUACAUGUGCACAACACGAUUUCCUCGUUAUUAAUUCGCGAAUGAAAAAAUAAUAAAUAAAUUGUAGUUUUUAAAUAAAAGCACGAUUCAAGUCAAGUUCACAACAGACCAAAAUGAAACUCAGCACCUAUAACUUCCUCACAUCAAAGGCCAUUCGUGGUGUUAAAGUCGGCUUUCCGCUCAAACUUGUGAUUGAAAGAAAACAAAGUAUAGAAACCGAAUACAAUGCUAAUUUCUUGGAACGUCUGCUGCCCAAAUUGGAUUGGCAAGCGAUAUCAAUAGCUGCCGAAGCUGCUGAAGUAGAUUAUGAAAUUCCAAAAGAUAUGCCAGAUGAUAUUGUCAGCAAUGAAGAACUUCUCAAAAAGCUACACAAUCUACUCUUCGAGAUCGAUGUUGUUGAGGGAAAACUUGAGUGUCCAGAAACCGGACGAGUAUUUCCAAUCAAUGACGGCAUACCUAACAUGUUACUUAAUGAAGACGAAGUUUAGUUAAUAAUUUAGCAAAUAAGUUUAUUGUUUAUAUAUAUUGACUGACUGGGAGCGCCUAAGGUCAGAGUGUUGAGUCAGAUGCGUCAUAAUUAUAAGUUUCCUUUAUUUGAAUGAUGCAUUCCUCAGAAGAUACAAAUUGAUUUUUAUUACUAGUUUUGAAUUUAAAUUUCUUCAUCUAUCCUCGGUUCUUUGCGCGCAAAAAAAAAUGACAUUUGAUUAAUUACCUUGACCGCUUGAAUGAACAUAUUUAAUGAUUCUGUUCAUUUAUUUUUAUAAGGUGUGCUAUUAGAAUGGAAUAGCACGUAUACAAUACAAUCUGUUUUUGUUUUUUAUUAUUAUAGAAAUAUAUAAAACAUUGCAAAUGAA